AUGCUGAUAUCGGGCACCGCCAGUAAGCAAAGUCCGUUCGAGGCGGCAGCGUGCCAGGAGAGUUACCGCGUGGCGGAUGUGGAGUUGGCCACCUGCGAGCUACACGGAGGCGCUGCCGUGUUGUGUUCGACCGCGGGCAAAGUUGGCCGGAACGGUCGCAGUGCCGCUGUGGGUGCCACCCUUUUUUGGCUUACCUGCCCGUACCUGAACACCAUGGUGGCACGGCUGGAGCGACAAGGUGCGGUCAGCGCGCUGCAGCGGCUCGUGGACGGAAAUGCCAGGGUGGCCGCUCGUCACGUGGCUUCCCAUGCACGUUACGAGGCACAUGCACGGGCACUGCUGAGCGACGAGCGGUGGACGUUUUUUGAUGCGCACUUUGUUUCCCUCCCUGAGUCUGCAGGUGGUCGCAAGUACGGAAACGCCGCAGUGGGUCACGCGAAGGAUCUUAAAUGCCUGCACGCUCUCGUUGCCCAGUCCCUGUGUGGGGCCCCCAACCCCAUUGGGGACGCCGUUCUGCAUUACAUUAUUCAUCUUUCGAAGAAAGUGGAAGAGCUUCAACAUCCAGCGCGGGAUCCUGCUCCUGAUAAGGAUGAGAAAGCGGCAGAGGAGGACAACGCUGCCCCCGCCAGUGUGAACUCUUUUGACGAUAUCUCUGCCUUUGUCGUCUUCGUGGAGGGCUGGACACUUCAGACUGAAGACGAGCAUGGGACGCUUCCAGUCGCGGUGGACGCGAGCGGCGCUUGCUCCGCUGCAUGCAAAGUGUUGACUUUUCUAGAGGGGCGGCCGCCGCGGCACCGCAAAAAACAUCGCAUAAACUGA